AUGGACGGUCUUUCAGGCGCCGCCAGCGGUAUAGCCGUUGUCUCUCUGACCUUUCAGAUUGUGGAAAGCAUCUCCAGACUCCGUGACUUCUUUGAGUCCAUCAAAACAGCCCCAGCAGUGGUUGCAACCAUCGUGAAGGAUCUUUCGCAGCUUGCCUCAAUCCUAGACAUCAUCAAGGUCGACGGAUCCAUAAGCAACGACGUGUUGGCCACGUGCAUGGAUAAAGUCAAGGAUUUGAACGCUUUUACUGAUGAAUUAGAACCUGGAUUUCGAUCUGCAAGUCGGAAAACCCGAAGAUGGACUGCAUUUACAGCGGCACGUAAGAGCAGCGUCAUAAGUAAAUUUCAAGCCACUUUGGGGGAGACGAAGACUACUUUGAUAUUGGCGCUACAGGCGAGGAAUCUCUUGUUGAGUCGAAAGAAUGCUUCUCACAUGGUGUCCAUGGAACGGCGGAUACGCGAUGACCUGGCCGAAAGCCAACAGCAUAUGCUUAAACUCAUUGACAACCACCGAGACAAGCUAUCAGGAGUUGUGCAACAAGUAGCCGACCAACUCGCUGAUUUAUCCGUCGAGCACAAAUCGCGGCUUGUUUCUACCACAUCGCAUUCCUCCAGCGUCUCAGAACAUACAGCGGAUCUUUUAGAAGAGAUAACCCGGAUGAUGACCAAAAUACCGAACCCGAUCAUUCGCCAGAGGUUCGAAGCAGCUGCCAAAGCAGCCCUCGAUUCCCACUUAGUCAUGAUAAUAGACGAGGGACCUGUAUCGCAGCAGGCGGCGUGGUCGCCUCGGAGAGAGGCCUUUUCGGCACCUUCAGAGGUUGCUAGUCAUUCGGGUAUCAAUAACCACACUAGCAACAAAUGCGCUGCCAGUGGGAAAAGGUCUGUGAGCCCAAGUGCCAAGGAGUCCAGUCGAAAGAGGGCGCGCGUGCGCUGUCCUGCACGGAGCACGUCGUCCAUUAAGGAUUUCUUCGGCGGCCGGAUCUACAUGCAAACGGAUGUGUAUUGUGACACGCUUCAUAACAAUCAUUCUUUGGAGCACGCGACGUCAUUUAUUUAUCAUCCUGCUUCAUGGUAUUUGCGGAUGUGUUUCAAUUUCGGCGUCAAUGUGCUUGUUGCGAAGGCAGCCCAGGGAUGGCAAUGGAACAUACAAACCUUUCGAGCUGUCCCCGACGAUUCGUUGAUCUUUGACUUCUGUGAAAACGGUAACCUAGACGGGGUCAGAACCUUGCUUGGCAGGCGGGAAGCCUCACCAUGGGACGUAAAUCCAGCAGGGUGGACACCAUUACAUAUGGCUGCCUCUAACCACCAUGUCGAAAUCUGCGAGCUGCUCUUGACUGAAGGUGCUGACCCGAAGGCCAAGACAUACCGUCUAGAUUCAACACGUUACAAUCGGCCACGCUCUGCUUUUGCGCGUGCAUGCCAAGGUCAGAACCUCCUCCGUCGUCCAUCUGGUAACCUUGACACAUCUCGUCUGCUUCCCACGCUUCGCUUGUUAUUCCCAUAUCUAGAGCUCGAAAAUGGACUUGAGGAAGACGCUCUCUUCCUUAGCGAUCUCGUGUACCAUGCUUCUAAAGGAUCUGAAGAAGCUCUCAAGUGGGCCUUGGAAGCUUGCCGUUCCGAAUUGAAAGAAGAGGCAAUCAGACCGAUUGUAAUUGGCGCUUGCGAGCAAGCAUCUCUUGGAUCCUACAUCUCGGUACUACAGCACUUGAUGACCAUACUCGAUAUUGACAUAGACGCCGUUGCUGAACCCGGAGGUUUUUCACUUUUACAUGUUUGUGUCGGGGCAAUAUGUUCCUACUCAUCAGGAGAUUACGAGUGUAUUAGCUAUCUCGUGGAGCAGGGUUCGGAUCUCCAUCGUGUAAGACGUUGUAUGAGUCUUAUGGCUGCGUUGUUUCCGAUCAGUGGACUUCAAUCGCCGACUACAAUGGCGAUGCGUCAGUCAGGGAUGUUCUUCUACUGGCGUAUGGCGUUACUUGAGCAUGGACAUUGUUUGCAUCGCUUCGUGAUACAGGAACUACGAAAUUCGCCAUUGGCUAAUCAGGGCUGGACCGAGCAUACACUCCUGGCUCUGUUCAUGCAUGAGUUUGAGCCCGUUUGGCAGCCUUCGGGACUAUCUUCGCUGUGUCGACGAUGCAGCCAAAAGAUGCCUUGCCUCCGAGACAUACAAUGGGAAGGGACGUUGAAGAUGAUCAAACAAGGCAGAAUAUCGGAAGUGCGACACCCGGGCUGUCGAAGAAGUAUAGAUGAAACGUAUUCUAUAGGUGAUGCCUACAACUCGACUAGGUGCUCUGAACAUGCUACACGGCCCCUAAAUGCGGCAGGCUCAAUCGACUCGAGACUUCCCUGCACGGAGCAGGAGGACUGCCUUUCAGCUUCCACUAACGAGGAAGAUGAGGAUAGCGAGACCGCUUUCCUCCCCGAAGAUGAACGUUGGCAAACCAUUUGCGACUUGUGCGAAAUGGAGUUAGCAAACGAAUCAGAGCAAGAUUCAGAGGAGGAUGCCUUCCAGCCGCAAAUGCCAGGAGGCUUUGACGUCUGA